AUGCAAGCAGUGCUGUCACUAUGUUACUUCUGUGAAACUCAUGGCCCCCGAGUUUUAAUGACAACACAAUCAAUACCCGAAAAUCUUCGGCAGGAUUACUGCUUACCAACUACGGGUAAAGGAUCAUCAACAUUUGUUUCUGCCAAGAACUUUCGCGCUCAUUUAACUGGCGAGCCACGUUGUGUCGCUUGUACAUCGUUCGUUGAUGGCACAGGUCUAAUUACGGAUGAUGUUGAAGCCAGAAUAAGUUAUAUUACUACACAGGUUGCGUUAAAUGAUCGAGUGUCUCAGUUGGUAAAGUAUUCAUGUCUUCAUUCAUUAAGUUGUGAAGUAACAACUACUCCGAAGGACAAUGUGCCUAAACUAAGUCCGAUGAAAUCUCGUGUUACACCGCAGGGUACAAAAAAAUGGGAAAGUUCAUGGGAGGAAGUAAAUACGGAGGCUAAGGAUGGUGUAAUUUUAUUUGGAGAUGAUGAGCAUGGCUAUACAUUGUCGUAUACGUUUAGGUUACGUGAUUACAAAGCACGUGGCUUUUUACGUUUUUUCUCGUUUAUCCUUGUAUCCAUAGACAAAUUAUUCAUCACGAGCAAUUAUCACUUUUUUGUUUCAACAAUGUCAUCUACCAUUCGGUUUUUGCAGAUGGAAUCGAACAUGGUUUUUGACCGUGAACAAAGUGACCCAUCUAGUGAAAUGCUAAAGCAAGCUGCAGCAUCACGUGCCUCACUGUUGCCGGCACACUUUUUGCGUGCUCAUGUUGCCAAGCUUGAAUUGGAUACGUCACGAAGUUUGGCGAUAAUCACCGGCCGCGCAGAUAUUUUUACACAAUUGCACAUGUUUAUGGUUUGUAUUUUGCGUACACAAACACGUCUUUGUAAAGAAUAUCUAUUGGAAGGAGUGCCAACGCAGGAUAUGCUUGUAAUGAAAGAACGUGAGCUAAAAGUUGAUAACAGGACAAAUGCUAACGAUAUAAGUUACUCAAGACGUUUGGAUUGCUUUGAGACAUUGAGACAAAUUGCACACAUACUCGAAAAUUUACCGAAAGUUAAUGGUCAAAGUGUUCUGGAAAUUGUUUUGACACAAUUGGUUACCGGCGGUCAGAUUGUUCUAAAAUGCCAUAAUGAAGCUGUAGCUAAACGUUUUCUGCUUGCACUUUCCAGUUUGUUGCCAUUGGGUUGUGUUCGUAUGUUAUAUGCAGAAGAAUAUCGACACGUCUUUGUAUCUAAUUUAUUUGGAUGUCCUCAAGAGACCGAAUUAUCACCUGAUGCAAUUGAUAUUGUGGUUUUGUUAGUUAAUGUACCAUUUGGGAGAAUCCAUUCUAAGCAGCCAGCAGGUGAAGAACGAGAACACUGCUCGUUUUCUUCUGGAAGCUGUAUUUCAUCCCCCUUGAGCACGUCAUCUAAGGAUGAUGAUGUCGAUGAAAAUUCGGAGAAACAUUUGAUCGAAAUCUUGCCUCCGAGGAAGUCCUUUGAUUUCGAAGACUAUACAUUCACAUUGGUUGCAUACCCGAAAUGUACGGCACCAAAAUAUGGUACACCUGCCAUUGUUAAUCGCUAUAAACAGCUCAUACUAGAUGACGAUCUUCCAUGUCGUGUUCUGGCAUCUGUCAUCGGAAAUACAAGGGAACAGUGGUUAAAUAAAGCAAAAUUAGUUUAUCAACUGGGACGACAGAAAGAAAAAAUAGAUCUUAAGAAAGUUCUCCAAAUUAUGAGGUGUGAAAAUCAGGAUGGAACAGUGUUAUUAUUUUUCCAAGCUGGCUUGUCGGAUACAUACAAACAACAAGUCAUGGAUGUUAUCAAAAAAGGAGCCGCUUGA